UCAAGCGGGGGCCAUUUUGCCGAAGGCAGCCUCCCGGAGUCGGGGGCGGCUUGGCAACUGCUAGAGCUGUUCCUUUUCCUCCUCUGCAGCUUAAGGGUUGGAGAGGAACCGGAAAGCUGGGCUCCAUCGAGCCCUUCGGAGACGAUGGUUUCCGCCAGGCUCCGCCACUUGACGACCCUCCAUGGCGGCUGCUCCUUCCGCGCUGCUCUUGCCGCGGCCCCUUCCAGCCCUCUGUGCAUGUCGCCUACGGAGCCGCAGUCGUCCUUCUGCCCCAGAGACUGAUGAGAGUCGAGGUAGGGGCACCAUGAGAGGAGAGAAAAACUACUGCUGCCGUGGAGCUGGCGGUGAUCACGGUUCGUGCCCCCCGACACCUUCACCUCUAGCCUCGACCCUCUUGAUGCCUGCAGAGGCAGUCUCAAGUAGUUGGUCUGGGUCUGGAGGUGGUUUGUCAGGAGGAGAGGAAGAGGAGACUCGGCUCCUUCAACAACUUCGGACUGCACCGGAUCCUUCCGAGGCCUUACAGGCUUUGCAGGCUGCUUUGCCACGGCGGGGUGGUCGACUUGGCUUCCCCCGACGGAAAGAAGCAUUGUAUCGGGCCCUGGGCCGAGUGCUUGUGGAAGGAGGUAGUGAUGAGAAGCGACUCUGCUUGCAACUUCUUUCGGACGUUCUCCGGGGUCAGGGGGAAGCAGGUCAGCUGGAAGAGGCCUUUAGCUUAGCACUUCUCCCUCAACUAGUUGUCUCCUUACGAGAAGAAAAUCCAGCCCUGCGGAAAGAUGCGCUGCAGAUCCUACACAUAUGUCUGAAACGUAGUUCUGCACAGGUACUGAGAACGCUUAUACAACAAGGACUGGAAAGUACCGAUUCCCGGCUUAGAGCUUCCACAGCACUGCUGUUCCCUAUCUUGCUUACUCCUGAGGACUUGUUGCUCGACCUAGAUCUUACCGAGGUGAUAAUAUCCUUAGCUCGAAAACUUGGCGGUCAGGAGAUAGAAGAAGAAUCUGAGACAGCUUUCUCUGCACUUCAACAAAUUGGGGAGCGUCUUGGCCAAGAGAGGUUUCAAUCCUAUAUCUCGCGCCUGCCUUCUGCCCUGAGGAGACACUACAAUCGCCGCCUCGAGUCCCAGUUUGGAAGUCAGGUUCCUUAUUAUUUGGAACUUGAAGCUUCUGGAUUUCCUGAAGAUUCCCUUCCCUGUGCAGUGCCUCUUUCCAACAGCAAUCUUAAAUUUGGGAUUAUUCCUCAGGAGCUGCAUUCCAGGUUGUUAGAUCAGGAAGACUAUAAGAACCGGACUCAGGCCGUUGAGGAACUAAAACAGGUGAUGGGGGGCUUUAACCCUAGUUCUACCCCUCAUUCUAGUCUUGUCGGUUUCAUUAGUUUGCUGUAUAAUUUGUUGGACGAUUCGAACUUUAAAGUGGUCCAUGGCACACUUCAAGUCCUACGUUUACUGGUUAUUCGCCUUGGAGAACAGGUACAGCAGUUCUUGGGACCAGUUAUAGCAGCUUCUGUCAAAGUGCUGGCAGACAACAAGUUGGUGAUCAAACAAGAGUACAUGAAAAUCUUCCUCAAGCUAAUGAAGGAAGUAGGUCCUCAACAGGUGCUUGGUCUACUCCUGGAACAUCUCAAACAUAAGCAUUCCAGAGUGAGAGAGGAGGUGGUGAACAUUUGCAUCUGCUCCCUCCUGACCUAUCCCAGUGAGGAUUUUGACUUAUCCAAAUUGUCUUUUGAUCUUGCCCCAGCUCUUGUAGAUAGCAAACGCAGGGUACGCCAAGCAGCUCUCGAAGCCUUUGCUGUGUUGGCAUCGUCAAUGGGCACAGGUAAAACUAGCAUCCUUUUCAAAGCUGUGGAUACUGUUGAGCUGCAGGAUAAUGGAGAUGGAGUGAUGAAUGCUGUGCAAGCCAGAUUGGCAAGGAAAACCCUCCCAAGGUUAACAGAACAGGGAUUUGUGGAGUAUGCAGUACUCAUGCCAUCAUCUGCCCAGGGUAGAUCAAGCCAUUUGGCACAUGGAGCAGAUACAGACUGGCUUUUGGCUGGUAACAGAACUCAGAGUGCACACUGUCACUGCAGUGACCACACGAGGGAUAGCAUGCAAAUUUAUGGAUCUUACAGUCCAACUAUCUGUACCCGGAGGGUAUUAAGUGCAGGAAAAGGAAAAAAUAAAUUACCAUGGGAAAAUGAGCAGCCAGGAGUCACGGGAGAUAACCAGACCUCCAAUUCCAAGGAUAUAGAACAGUUUUCAGCAUAUGAAUUCAUUCCAUCUCCAAAAUUAAAGCCCUCUCAAGGAAUGCCAGUCAAUGAUGAUUUAUGUUUUAGCAAAAAAAGAGUAUCAAGAAACUUAUUCCAAAAUAGUCGAGAAUUUAAUCCAGAUGCUCUUCCUGUAUGUGCUACUGGCACUACUGGGACUCAUCAGACAAACCUUUCUGGGAAAUGUGGACAACUUGGAUUUUCACAGCUAUGUGGUAAAACUGGCAGUGUGGAUUCUGACUUGCAGUACCUGGGGACAGCUAACAAUCAUCAAGAUAAAGUUUAUGGUAGCCUAAAUUUUGGCAGUAAGACACAGCAAACAUUUGGUAGUCAAACAGAACGUACUUCAUCAUACUCUGGUUCAAAUCCAAGUACAGGAGCCUUCAUUCUUCCAUCCUAUCCUCUCUCAUCACCUCGAACUAGUCCAAAGCACACAUCUCUCACUGUAUCUCCAAAGAAGUCUCAAGAUAAUUCUGUUAAUUUCUCAAAUUCAUGGCCUCUUAAAAGCUUUAAUGGACUUUCAAAGCCAAGUCCACAGAAAAAGCUUGUCAACCAGAAAUCGUCUGAUCCUACAGGUAUAUGUGAUGGAGAAAAUUCUCAAGAAAAACCUUCUCCAGUUCAACUUACACCUGCCUUGGUGAGAUCGCCAUCUUCUCGACGAGGCUUAAAUGGGACCAAGCCCGUCCCACCCAUACCACGAGCAAUCAGCCUUUUGCCUGAUAAAGCUGAUCUAAUCACAGUGGGACCCAAAAAGAAAGAGCCUGAUGAUAUUUGGAAGAGUGAAAAAGAGAGUCUUAAAAUUGAUCUUUCAGAAUUAAAUAUCAGGGAUAAAGAUUUGGAUCAAAAAGAGAUGCAGAGCUCUCUUAGGUCCCUUCGGAAUAGUGCUGCUAAGAAAAGAGCAAAACUAAGUGGCAGUACUUCUGAUCUUGAAAGCCCUGAUUCUGCAAUUAAGCUUGACUUGACUGUGGACUCCCCAUCUCGAUCUUCCUCUCCAAACAUCAGCUCUUACAGUGAAAGUGGAGUUUACAGCCAAGAAUCGCUGACUUCAUCUCUGUCGACAACUCCCCAGGGGAAGAGAAUAAUGUCAGACAUAUUUCCAACAUUUGGAUCAAAACCUUGCUCAACAAGACUUUCUUCUGCAAAGAAUAAGAACUCUCAGAUAGCUGAACAAAGCCCCAGUGCAGGGAUUACAACAUCCAAUGUAAGCAUAAUUGGUCAACGUAUGAACUAUGGUUUUGGAUGUGGUGAUUUUGAAGAUGAUAGGUCACAUGACAUUUCACCUAGUGUUUUAAAAAUACAAAAUAAGGAACACCCAAGACAUUAUAAGCAUACAAAAGGAUUUACAGGAUCAUCAUCAAAUUUUCAGCAAAUUGCCAGUUUUGACCUGACGUCUACAAAUACCUUCUCAGAAGACUCAGUAGUAGUUGUUGGAAAAGGCGUAUUUGGAAGUCCAAAUUCAGCACCAGCAACCUGCAGCCAGUCUGCGAUAUCUUCUGUGGAAAAUGGGGAUACGUUUUCAGUUAAAAGUAUUGAACCACCAUCAGGGAUUUAUGGAAGAGCAGUCCAGCAGAGUAUUCCAUCAUAUGUUGAUACUGAGAAUGAAAAAGAUAUUAAAGUUUCUAUUUCAAAAUCUACUUAUGACAAGAUGAGACAAAAGAGAAAAGAGGAAAAAGAACUUUUUGACAUUAAAGAUUAUGAAAAGAAGGAACAGAAUCCUUGGGAACGAAUGAAACAUGCAGGAACUGAGAAAGUGGCAUCUGAAAAUGAAGCAUCUCCUGGAGCCAUUCCACAGUAUAAAGAAAGGAUGCCUUCUGUCACUCAUAGUCCAGAAAUAAUGGAUUCAUCAGAACUACGGCCAUUUUCCAAACCAGAAGUGGCUCUGACAGAAGCUCUGAGGCUUUUAGCUGAUGAGGAUUGGGAGAAGAAAAUUGAGGGACUGAACUUUAUUAGAUGUUUAGCUGCUUUUCAUUCUGAAAUAAUGAACACAAAGUUGCAUGAAACAAAUUUUGCAGUAGUUCAAGAGGUGAAAAAUUUACGCUCUGGAGUUUCUCGUGCUGCUGUGGUCUGUUUAAGUGAUCUUUUCACUUACCUGAAAAAGAGCAUGGAUCAAGAACUAGAUAAUACAGUAAAAGUUUUGUUGCAUAAGGCAGGAGAAUCAAACACAUUUAUAAGAGAAGAUGUUGACAAAGCAUUGAGAGCUAUGAUCACUAACGUAACUCCUGCACGUGCAGUUGUUUCUCUUAUCAACGGAGGACAAAGCCAUUUACACAUUGCAGUGAGAAGAUGUGCAGCCCAGCACUUAUCAGAUGUAGUAGAAUUUAUGGAACCAGAGCGUAUUUUAUCUGGAACAAAGGAUAUGGCUGACCGGAUAUUACCAGCUGCUGCUAAGUUUGCUCAGGACAGCUCACCAGAAACCAGAUGACACUACAUACUUCUGGGUAGUGAGAUGCCAUGUCACAGGGAUGAUCUGCAUGAAAACGGCACAAGACUGUAUGAGUGGGCAGAAAAGUGGCAGAAGAACUCCAUUGUGGGCAAAUGUAAGGUAAUGCAUUUAGAGGAAAACGACGUAUUUUCCAAGCAGUCAGGUCAAGUCAAGGAAAUAGUUGUACAUGAAAAAUACAGGAAGCAAAAUGGAUAACAUGAGAUAUGUGCACUUAGAAAAUUCCAUGAAUUUCUGAUUAUUAUCUGUACUUGAAGAACACUUUUAUAAAGGUUAAGAACAGUCAGAGAAAGAUAACUAAAAUUAAGAUGUGGACAGUACCAUAACUGUACUGCUGAUGGAAGUUUUGGAUGUAGUCAGAAGCCCAGAUUCAGUUGCAAUCUGUAAUCACUGUCUGCCCUUAACAAGUUAAUUAACCUGUUAGCUUCUGUUUCCUCAUCUAUAAAAUUGGUAAAGUUGGACUAGAUGAUUUAUAAUGUCCCAUACCAAGUCUAAAAAUUAUGGCAGUUAUUUAUGAAGAUAGAUUAAAAGGAGGGGAAGUUAGGAUCCUGCGUUCAUGGAGACUAAAGUAAAGAAGGAUACCAAAUUUUUAACAUUUUGAGGCAAAGAUGUCCAUUACUUUAGAUGACUGGAGUUAAUCUUGUGGAAGUCAUUAUACCAAAAGCUAACAUAGAAAGUAAAUAUAUUCAUUAGCCAUCACUACAUAACAAACAACCAGAAACAUAGUGAUAUAAGGCAACACAGAUUUUUUUUUUAGCUUACCAUUCUUCAGGUUAGAAGAUUGGCAUACUCAGUUGGGCUUUCUGCCUAGGGUCUCACAAGUCUGAAAUCAAGAUGAUAACAUUGCUGGCCUCUUAUCUAAAGGCUGUAUAGAAAAAUCUGCUUACAAACUCGUUCAGGUUGUGGGCCAAAUUCUGUUUCUUGUGAUUAUAGGACUGAGGACCCUGUUUCCUUGCUGACUGUAAGCCACGCUCCUUUCUCAGCUCCAUCAAGGUCACCUGAAUUCCUUCUCAUGCAGCCCCUUCUAUCUUCAAGCCAGCAAGCAUGUCGAAUCUCCCUUAUUCUUAGAAUCUCUUUGACUUCUUUUUCUUCUAAUAGACCCAGAAAGCUCUCUACAUUUAAGGGCUCGUGUGAUUAGAUUAGGUCCACACAGAAAAUCUCCCUAUCUUAAAAUCAACUGUACCCAUAUAACGUAGCAUAAUCCUGGAAGUUACAUCUCAUCAUACUCAAAAAUUGUAGGAAUUGGAGCAGGACAUGAUUUGGGGGAACCAUUUUAGAAGUUCUGCAUAUCAUAGUAAAGUUCAAAACAAUUUAGGAGGGUUGGAUCAUAAUAGACUAGUUCAGAACAAAGUAAGAUUUAUAAGUUGUUUUGUGUACAUCUUAACCUUUCCUUAAUGGCAUAGUAAUUCUUUUAAUUUAUUUUGUCAUUUCUUAGAUUCUCAUUUGAAGUUUUAAAAUUACAGAAUGGUUAUAACUUUCCAGUUUUAGUAUUUCUCAUAUUUCAUGUCCCUUUUGCUUGUUUACUUGUUUGUUUUAUCCAUUCCCAUAUCAGUAGGGCCUGUGGUACACCUACAGUUCUUAACAUUCUGGGAUAGAAGUUAGAGUCAUCUUGGAAACUAUCACUGAUUAGGAGUUACUUACCUGGGUGUCGACCUUAUUCUGGUUGUGGGGCAAGAAAAGUAAUUUUUAUUCUCUUAUAUUACCUCCCUUUCUGUAAUUUCAUUACAUAUGAAGGAGUCUGGUUGAUACAGAUGAUCCUGAGAUCACCCUAUACAUCCCCCUUAAAAACUCCUUGCCUUCUCCGGUUCUUCUAGUCUCAUAUAUUCCAACUUGUAGAUAAAAGUAUAACUGUAAUUAUUUUAGGGCCAAGCUUCCUUAAGGAAUAAUAACAUAGUAUUAUUAUAAGGUACCAAAAGACCUCCCUAACUAAAAAUAUCUCCAGUAUGCACUUCCACUAUACCUGAGGUUUACCGUUAGAAUAUCUUGGCUUAAGGUAUUAUUCUAGAAGAAUAUUUUAAAAUUCAUAUAGCAUAAAAAAAACCUUGUUUGGAUAACAUCAGACAUUUAUUAAUAUAUCAGCCAUAAUUUACCAACUAACUUUGUGUGUAUUGUAGGUAGAAAAGAAUAGGUUUUUGAAGAACUGAAACCCAGGUAAGUUUUGGCAGGAAAAAGAAGAGACAGAGGAUCAGAAAUACAGACCCUAGGGAAGGUUGACUGAGGCAGACCAUCUGGCCAGUAGGUGAGCAGCAAAAGGUCGCUGGGCAAGGAGCCCAGGGCAAAGAUACACUUCUCAUUCACAGUUCUGCCAAGUGCCUGCCUUGACAUGGACCCUCAGGUGCCUGAGAAACAGAGGCAAAGCUUUUGGCUCUCCAUCUGACAUAAGCUAAAAGAUUUGAAGCUAUGUUGUUUUUCAAA